AUGGAAUGGAACGCGCGCCCCGUGACCGAACUGGCCAGUGGCUUGUUCUCCGUCGUCGUAGACGCCCGGACUGAGUUUGCUUCACAAUGGGCCGUUUUCAUCCGGCCAGCCGCGCAGCGUGUCCUCGUUCUGAACAAGCUGAAUGAGCGGUUGCCCGUGUAUACCAAGGGCCAUCCGGUGAGUGGGUUGGUUGCCCAGAAUGUGUGGGUGGUUACCGAUGCCCAAGUUGCAGCGGGCGCGCUGAGCCUAGCGCAGCAGAACAAUGUGCUUUCUUUCACGGACGGGCCGGCUGUGGGAGGACUGAAGAUGUUUAUGGCUCCGGGGCCCUUGGUAAUUUCGGACUGGACGCUCACUUUGGCCGAUGGGAGUGCCCCGGUGAACAGGCUCUGGCUGUUGAUUCGGUAUGUGAUGAAGUAG